UUCCGGUCCUCCCAGUCGCCCUCUCCACUCUCCCCGCGGGCCAGAGUGGCCCCGGAAGCGCCAGGUAGGGCGGCGGUGAUGGCGCUGGACCCGCGGUGGCCGCUGGCGCUGUUCCGCGGCGCUGCCCCGAUCGCGCUGGGGUUGAUGCUGUGGGUGGCGAUAGCGGGCGGCGAGCAGGAGCGGCAGCAGACGCUGAAGGCGCAGCCCGAGGGAAACGCCGCGGUUUUGGCGGAGCGCCGGCGCCACAAUGAGCUGGUCAUGAUGGCUCUGCGCGAGGCGGCCCAGACCGACGACAAUGUGUCGCAGCGGCAGGUACCGUGGCGGAAGUAACGCCACCACCGGGAAACCACCGGGAGCCCCUCAGCGCCCCUUUCCCGCUGUCCCACCCGGAACCUUCUGCGCCGCGUGGAACUCUUUCGUGCGAACGCCCCGGACUUUAAUAAAGCACGGACACUUCCGGCAUCA